AUGAGAAACUCAAAUGUUUGCAUAAUUCUUUUGAACAUUGCUAUUGUCCUUACUGGUAUUAGUUUUGCAGAAAAUAAUGGAACAAACGUAAAUAGUACAGGAAGUGAUUUAAUAAAUUCGUCAGUUUAUUUAAAUAAUAAUAAUGGAAGAGAGGAUGCUAUUUAUGAUUCUCAAAAUUCGGAUUUAGGUGAAAAUGAUAUAUUACCAAAUACAUCUGGAAAUACAGCAUUUUAUAAUCUACAAAAUGUUAGGCUAGGAAACACACAAAGUGACAUACUUCGAACUGAUCCAUAUUUGAGAAGACAUAGACUAAACUUAGAGGUACAACGACGCAAAUUAAUAAAUAUGAAGAAAAGAUUAGAUGAUAUUUAUAAAACCUUAAGUCAAAGAAUGGAGACUUUUUGUAGCGUUCCAGAUAAAGAAUACAGUGAAUAUAAGUUAGAUGAACUGGAUGAUAAAGCCAAUGAUGUAUAUGAUGUGUCCUCCGACAACAUGAUGGAGUACAAUAGGAUACUAAUUAUUAAUAAAGAAAUUAAAAAAUAUUUAGAAAAAAAUCAUGUUAAUAGCACAAUUCACAAUGAUAAGAUUGUGCCCAUUAUGCAGAAAAAUGCAGCACUUCAAUAUCAUAUUAAACAUAUGAUUAACGUUUGUUUAAAUUUAAUAAAUUUUAUUCAUAAAAAAAAAGGAGUAAACGAUAAUAUAGAAGGUUUUUUGGGUCGCCAAAGAAAUGAUGUUAAUAAAUCUGAAUUCUCCUUAUAUUCAGUAGAAACUGAAAAUGAUGGCUUUUUCAGCAGUACAAAGGCUAAAGUAACUUUAGGUAUAUUAGGUUGUUUACUUGUUGGUGGUGGUAUUGCAUUUGCUUUUUAUUAUAAAAACAUAAUGUACAAAAAUUAA